AUGCGUAAGAAUAGAAAUGAUGAUGAUGAUGAUGAAUUGUUUGAAAUAUAGAAAUAGAAAUAGAGGAAGAAAUCAAUAAAUAGAAAAAGAUCAUCUCGUCGAUUAAAGAAAGUUGAUGAUGAAAAUGAUGAUGAUUAUACACCUGAAGUAUAAAAUGAAUCAUCUUCUUCUGAACUUCAACCUAGUUCUGAAGAUGAGAAACAAAACAAAAAAAAACAAUCACAUAUUAGUGUAAAAUCAAAGGGAACAAGAUAAAAGAAACAACCUAAAAAGAUUGAAUAAUAACAACAACAACAAGAAUAAAAUUAAGAAGAAUAAUAACAUAACAAAGGAGAUGAAGAAUUUUAUAAAUUAGCUGAAUAAUCAUUGCCCAUAUUUAUGCAACCUGAACACAUUCGAGAUUCAGAAGGAAGACGACCAGAUGAACCAAAUUAUAAUCCAUCCACAAUUGAUAUUCCAAAUGAUCAAUAUUAAAGAUUACCACCUAUGUUUAGAUAAUAUUGGAAUGCAAAGAAAAACUAUUUAGAUUCAAUUGUAUUUUUUAGAUGUGGUAGAUGGAUUGCUGUAAUGUAUAAUGAUGCCAUUAUUAUUGCUAAAAUGUUCAAUCGUUAUUUAGGAUUCUGGGGAAAAGAUAGACCAUGUGUAACAGUUUAUGAUAAUCAAUUACCUAUAUAUUAAAGAGCAUUGUUAGAUAAAGGAUAUAAAGUGAUUAUGAUUGAAUAAAUGGAGAAAGCAGAUGUUGCUAAUAAAGAGGAUGGAGAAGUUGUAAGAAGAGAAAUAACUUAAAUGAUAAGUAGAGGUACUUUGUAAGAUUUAGGAGACACAGAAACUUAUGAAUAAAGAAAUCUAUUAGUAUUAAUAUGUUCAAAAGCACCUGUCAAUUUAAAAGGUCAUACAUAUGUUUAUGGUGUUUCUAUUGUUGAUUGUACUACUAAUAACUUUUCAUUUGAUUAAUUUUUUGAUGAUGCUUAAUCUAAUCAUCUUAGAUCUAUUAUUUAUAAUACAAAACCUGUUGAAGUCAUUUUAUGUAAGACUCCACCUGAAAUUGAAAAGAUUUUCAAGUAAUUUUAAUUAUUAUAUAUAAUUUUAGAAGUAUAUGUAAUCCUACUAUUAUACUUUACAAAAAAUCAUUCAAAGAUUGUGAAUACAUUUUCAAAUAAUUAAAAAUUGAAUAUAUGGAAUUAUGUAAAGGAAAAAAUAAUUAAAAUUCUAAAUUAUUUGAUGGUAUUAUUGUACCUACUCAAAAAGAUCAAUCUGAAUAAAAAAUAGAUAUUGAUAUAAAUUAAGGAUUGUAUUCAGAUUCAAAAUAAGAAAUUAAAGAAGAAAAAUGUGUUGAAAAUUAUUAAUUAAGUUAAGAUUAUCCUAAUCUAUUAAUAGAAUUGGAAAAACAAUAUUAUCAUGAAAAAAAGUAAUUAGAUAAAGAAGAUGAUGAAUCUACCUUUUAUUCUUAUUAUUAUUCUGUAUAAUCUUUUUAUCUCUUAUUAUGUUAUCUAAGAUAACUAUUAAUUAGUGAUUCAGUUUACAGAAGAGGUAAAUUCAAUUUUCUUGAUUCCAAUUUUACUCAUAACACUCAUCUUUAUUUAGAUUCCUAAGCUUUAGAAAGUUUGGAAAUAUUUAAUGUUAAUCUUUAAACUAAAAUCACUACUACAGGUAGUCUAUUUGAUUAUCUAAAUCGAUGUGCUACUAAUCCUGGUAAAAGACUCCUUACAAAAUGGGUAUAGAGUCCAUUAUAAAAUUAUAAAUUAAUUAUAGAGAGGUAAGAAUGUGUAUAAGAAUUAUGUACUUUUAUACCUAAAUGUUUUGAAUUCUAAAAAAGAAUUAAAUCAUUACCAGAUUUGGAACGUGCUAUUAUUAAAUGUUUCAAUACUAUUCAUUCUCAUAAAUUAAAAGCUGUCCCUAUUACUGGAGGUGAAAGUUUAGGUAAAACUAAAUUGAAAGAAAUUAAAAAUGUUUUAAGUAAUAUCAGAUAGGCUGCUGAAGUAUUUAAAAUAUUUGAACAAGAUAUUAAAUAAUUUAAAUCUAAAAAAUUGAAGGAAAUCUUAAAUUAUAAAUAAAAUACACAAAUUUUGAAAAAAUCACUUGAUGAAUUAGAAAAAUGUUUAAUUAUGGAUGAUAAUGAACCAAAACCUGUUAAAGGAGUCAGUCCAGAAUAUGAUCAAACAUUAGAUAAGUUAAAUGAUAUUUAUGAUUCUCUUUAAGAUGAACUUGAAAAGUGGAAAAAGAAAUUAAAAUGUCCUGACAUUGUUUAUACUCAUGCAAGAAUACGAUAUUAAUUAGAAAUACCUGAAAAAUAUUUAGAAGGCAAUUAAAAACCAAAAGAAUUAAUUAUUACAUCUAAAAGACAAGGAUAUCAAAGAUUUUAAACUACUUUUAUAGAAGAAUAAUUACAUUAAUUAAGAAAAGUAGAAGAUGAAAUAUCCUAAAAAUUAUUACCAUUUAUUAAUGAAUAUUUCACUAAAUUUUAUUCAUAUAGAAAAGAAUUCUUUUAAUUGAUAUCAUAUCUCUCAGAAGCUGAUUGUUUGUAUAUUAUAUAUAUUUUAUUCUUAGAAUUUCCUUAGCCUAAGUUUCAAAUGAAUAAAGAGUUUCUUGUUUUCCAUAAAUUUAUCAAGAUGAUAAUUAAAGAGAUUGUGAAUUGAUUGAAGCAUAUCAUCCUUGUUUAUUGUAAAAUAGAGAUAUUGAAUGGAUACCAAAUACAAUUAAAUUUACUGGCUCUAUUGAUACACUUUUACUAACAGGUCCAAAUAUGAGUGGAAAAUCAACUUUAUUAAGAUUAAUUGGUGUUUCUAUUAUUUUAGCCUAAAUUGGAUGUGCAGUACCAGCCUAAUCUUUUUCAUUGACUCCUUUUGAUAGGAUCUUCUGUAGACUUGGAGCCUCAGAUAGAUUAUUAGAAGGAAAGUCUACUUUCUUUAUUGAACUUGAAGAAACUAAAACUAUAUUAGAUAAUUGCACAUCAAGAAGUUUAGUUAUAAUAGAUGAAUUAGGAAGAGGAACUUCAACAUAUGAUGGUGUAGCAUUGGCUUCAGCUGUUCUUAGAUUCUUAUCAGAAAAAAUCAAACCUAUGACUCUCUUUGCUACACAUUAUCAUAUUUUAUUGGAUGAAUUUGCAUUGUUUAAGAAUAUCAAAUAGUGUGUUAUGUAACAUUAUUAAGAAAAAGAUUAAGUUAUUUUUAAAUACAAAUUAAUUGAAGGUAUUGCAGAAAAGAGUUUUGCAACUAAUGUAGCAUAAAUAGCAGGUGUUCCUAAAGAUGUCAUUAAAAAAGCUAAAUAGAUGGAAACUAAGAUCACUAAAGAGGAAUCCAAGAUUAAUAAAAAUAGAGAGAUACUUAAAAAAUUUAAUCAAAUUAUAAAAUAACUAUUUUGA